CGCCUGACUCUCCUCCGUCGCCUCCCGCCGACCAAUGGGAACCGCGUCGGGGUUACCGGGCGGCCAAUAGGAGGGCGCAGGCGAAGAGCCGGCCGCGCCGCACUUGUUAUUGCCGCCGUCUCCCGCCGUGCGACGGGGCCGUCGCAGCGCUGAGACGUUCAGGUUACGCGCGGACAGGGCCCUGACUGUGAUGUUUUGUGCCUGAACGAUGGCGGCGAACGACAGCGUUAACAUCCUGAACUCUGCUUAUCUGGCAGUGGAAUAUAUAGACUCCUUCCUGCCUGACAACCCUCUGCAGCAGCCGUUUAAAAAUGCCUGGAAUUACAUGCUGGAUAACUACACCAAGUUCCAGAUAGCGACGUGGGGGUCGCUUUUAGUUCACGAAGCUUCCUACUUCUUGCUCUGCGUACCGGGAUUCAUCUUUCAGUUUAUUCCCUGCAUGCAAAAGUAUAAAAUCCAGCCGGAUAAACCAGAAACGUGGGAAAAACAGUGGAAGUGCUUCAAAACGCUUAUGUUCAAUCACUUUUUCAUUCAACUUCCUCUAAUUUGUGGCACGUACUACUUCACAGAAUAUUUUAACAUCCCAUAUGAGUGGGAAAAGAUGCCUAGAUGGUAUGUUCUGCUUGCCCAGUGCUUUGGGUGUGCAGUGAUUGAGGAUGCCUGGCACUAUUUCCUGCAUCGACUGCUGCAUCACAAAAGAAUAUACAAGUACAUCCAUAAGGUUCACCACGAGUUUGUAUCUCCAUUUGGAAUGCAAGCAGAAUAUGCACAUCCUUUGGAAACGCUCAUCCUUGGAGCUGGCUUCUUUAUUGGAAUUGUUGUCUUCUGUAACCACGUGGUUCUUCUGUGGGCGUGGGUAAUAUGUCGCCUGAUGGAAACCAUUGAUGUGCACAGUGGCUACGAUAUUCCACUGAACCCUCUUCAUCUGGUGCCUUUCUAUGCUGGAGCCCGUUUUCAUGAUUUCCAUCACAUGAACUUUGUUGGCAAUUAUGCAUCGACCUUCACGUGGUGGGACAGAAUCUUUGGCACAGACUCUCAAUUCAUUGCCUAUAAAGAAAAAGAAAAGAAGCAGCAACUCAGAAUGAAGAAGGCUAACUAAAAAUCCAGUGUAAAAAUUGUGAUGCCUAAUACUGGUAGUCAACUUUUGCUUUUCUUUAAAGCAAAGUCAUGAUUGGGUAUUAAGCAUAAAUCAUUUUCCUUGGCUACUAAGUGGUAGGGAAAAAAAAAACAAACAGGAAUUAAACUGCAGUACCUUCCUAAUGGGAAUGCUUUCUAUUUUAUAUGUAAGCACCACAUAUAUUUUAACUACAAAUUUAAAGAUGAUGCAAAAAAGACAGAGAUUACUUGUGUCUGUCCAUGUUUUUGUUUUUUUUUUUGCAAAAAAUUAUUCAGUUUUAUCUUCAACAUUGCUCCCUUUCGAUCCUUUUGAUAGAAUCGUAUAUGUUCACUGAGAUUGGACUUCCUUUUUAAAAAUAUACCUUCUUAAAUUUGUAAGAUCAAAUAGCAGACCAUACUAACUGGUAUCAGCACCGUAAUUUAAAUAUUGGGUAAAAUUUUGCUUAAAACCAAAAUAUCUGUUAAUAAAAAAGCAUGGACAGGCAGGCCUUUUGCACACUGGAUAAUACAAGCUGUUAAUCUCAGAAUACCUGGCUAAACAUGAGUUAGCAGAGACAUUCCUGAUCUAGAUUUAUUAUGUUAUUUUAGGGUACAGAUAAAAAGAAUAGAAGUUUUUAUUUGAACAGACUUUGUUUUUGCUGCUCUUUGAAGUUGCUCUGUCAGUUUACUUAGCAUUUACAUUACAUUCCUUUCAGUGUUGUAAUUUGCUGAACUGACUUGUUGCUGUAUUUGCACUUGUGACUGAUGAAAUAAACGUGGUUUGGUUUAA